CAUGUUUAUAUGCGUGAGUGUAUGUAAUUCUGAGCAGACUGAGUUGGGGUAAGGUUUCGAAUGACUGCGGCAAAAGGGGAGGAGGUAACACAGGAGAAAGAUGACAAUACCAUCACCAAAGACAGUGUCAAUGAACCUUUGGAUUUAACAGCACUUAGCUCUCGUCAACAAGAUGAAAGACCUAGAGCUGUGUUUGCCUGCACCCCUGUGCUUACUCUCCGGUCCUGUCCUCCCUAUAACUACUGUCCUUUCCGCAAGCCUGCUGUAAUAGAGGAUGUUUGGGAGGGGACACCAGCUAUCUUAAGUGACCAAGAAGAAUGUAACUUCCUUGGCUUCCGAAUCACUCCAGGGGCAAAACAAGAAAGCAGGACCGAAGAUGUGUGUACAAGUCACAAGAAGAAGUGCUGUUGGCCAUUUUCCUUCUUCCACUGUAAGGAGGAUCCAGAAUCUGUAAUGACAUCGCCAUGCACAAGUCAUCCUAAAUUUUCACAUAAGAGAAAAAAGAAAAAGAAGAAGGCUAAAACUCUGUUUGAGUACAAAAAAAAGAAGAAAAGGAAAAAGAUGAAAUCAAAAUCUAAGUCAAGAUCCCUUGAUCACUGGUUUGAUCCCCCACUAACAUCGAGUGAUAUACAAGUCCUUCCAGAAGAUCUCAGUCUGACAUCAAAGUCAUCUGCUCUCGAAGAACCAGACUAUUUAUCAGAACCUGUGCUCGGAGCUAUUAGUGCAAUGAAUUUAAAUGAUCAUUCAGAGUCAUCCAAUGAUUCUUUAGUUGCUAGGAAUAAUUAUGAUACUGAAGAACCUGAUAAAUCUUCACCUGAACAUAAGCCAUUAGAAAACAACAGGGUGAUCUGGAACAGUUUUUGUAGAAGAAAUUCUCCCACUCUCACAUCAUCAGAUCAUAAACCAUUAAAGAAUUACAGAGAAAUUCAAGGCAGUUUUAAUAUCAGUGAAGCUUGUAAUCUUUUGUCCUCAAAGCAAAACUCAUUAGAAAAUGAUAGAGAAAAACAUGAUAAAAUUAACAAUGUAGAUUUGUGUAGUGUUUCACGAUCUGAGCACAAAAUUUUGGAAAAUAAUAAAGACAUCCAAGAUAGCUUUCAGGAUAAAAACUCUUCUAGUGUUGAUUCAUAUAAAGACAUACCUUCAGGACAAACAUUAUCUCUUUCAAGGAAUUUAAGGCAAAACUCUGAGUCUGUGUGUAAUAAUAAACGUGGCUCGAAUGGAUGGGAAGAAAGUCUACGACCAAGACCUCCAGCAGCAGAUCAUUACCAGAGCUUUAUAAAUCUACGUAAGAGAAAAUCUUCAUCUUCAACUGACAGUUCAUCAUUAACAAAAGUUAGCCCAAAAUAUUCAAGAAGUUUUACUGUCAGAGAAAAUGGCAUGAAGAAGAAAACAACACGAAAGAAAAUUUUUCAGAAAAGUUCAUGGAGAAGAAAGGAUGUUAAAACUUCAGAAAAGAAAAGAGAAGAUUUGGACAGUGCUGAAAAUCCACACAAGAUUUUGGAACCAAGCAUUGGGGAUAUUCUGCUUCUUAAAAUAUCCUCAUAA